CCUUUAGCUACUCACUUGUCAACACACUUCGUCGUAAAACACACCAAGCACAUCUCAGUAUCAUGUCUUCAUCUGCAGGUCAGAAGGUCACCACCGACCCAGCAACCCAGAACAACCCGAAGAACGAGGCACCAGGCACCGUGACCUCCGACUCUCUCGCUGCCGAGUCAGUCAAUGCCGGUGGUAGUUUCGCAGAGAACUCCGACUCAAGAGGUCCAAGUGCGCAACCGAGCUACUCAACCACAACAAACACCACCGACACCUCAAACGCGACGAAACUAGACUCCACCACGUCAGCUUCAGCUCGAGGAGACGACGGCGCUCAACUCGGAGGUACUGGUUCAUCCUCCUCAACUACUGCUACUGGCGACGCCAGUGCUCAAGGCCACACUUCUUAUGCACAAAGCGUAGCUCAACCCAAGGGCCAGAACCUUCAAGAGGGAGGGUUCGACUCUGGAGCACCGAACGCGUCUUUCACAACCGAUAUUGGAGGCAAGAACGACCCCGGCCGCGUUGCACUCAAUGCAGCACAGGAGAAGAAUGUGCCCUCUUCAGGCGGUGCCGGUCCACGAGAGGGACAAGUCUCGAAUGAUGGCCAGUUCGAUAGCCUUGGAGAGACCUCGGCUUAAAUCAAAGCUCAAGAGAGAUCUUGCAUAGCAUAGCAUCACGCUGUUGGCUCUGAGACCACGAUUUCUCGGCUCACUGCUCAAAGACUUGUCGAACGCUCGUCAGGUGGGUAAUGUGUACAAAUGAGGCCGAGGAAGGCAUCGCUCAAGGACAACGAGGAACUUGGAUGGGGAAGAAGCAAGUGCAUAUUCUGGUGAAAGUGGACUACCUGCUAGAACGUCGAUUAGCGGAGCGAGAGCUAUGAAUCGUUACCACUUAUACGCGUGAUGCGUG